GCAUGAAAUCCUGGUCUCUUCCUUUCUUCUCUUGCUGUGGAUUCCAGAGCAACAGUCUUCGGUCUUCAUCAUAAAGGCCCUUUGUUGUCCUGGCCAAAUUGGGAGUGGAAGAACAAGCAAUUAUUAUUAUUGUUAUUGUUUAGUUUUGGCUGUCCUUGUGUGUCUUUUCCCUGCGUUUUCUUGGUCCUGUCAAGAUGGCUGCAAAUGAACCACCCAACAAUCUUGGCUUGGCCAGGAACGUUGAUCUGACUCAGUUGAAGAAGAACCAUUUCUUGACAUAAUGGAAACCUGGCAUGACCACAAUGCCCAUCACUCCAGAAAACGCGAUGCUGUUUCUUCCCAUCCUUUAUCGAUGGUUGCAGGGCCAUCUGAAACAGGAAGCGGAGGAACCUGAGCACGGCCUCUGCCAUUCAGCCAUUAAGAAGCUGAGAGAGUACAUCCAGUUGAACUUCCCGGUGGAAGAAGGCAAGCUGCACUACAGCCCCAGUCCGGUGGAUAUGGAAAUCUGUACGGUUUACUUAACCAAGGACCCAGAAGCGACGGAGCCUCUCGGCCUAAGUUUCGGCAAUAUCCCUGCUUUUGGGGAUUAUGGUGAAAAACGGAGAAUGGGGAGAAGAAAGAGGGGACAUAAAGGCCCAGUGCUUGAUGUUGGAAGCAUUUGGGUUACUGAUUUGAAAAAAAACAGCCCGGCAGGGAAAUGUGGAAAAGUUCGCUUGCGAGACGAGAUCCUUUCGCUGAAUGGCCAGCUAAUGGUUGGAGUGGACAUUGGUGGUGCAAGUUACCUGGCUGAUCAGUGCUGGAAUGGCGGCUUCAUCUACUUGAUCAUGUUGCGCCGAAUCAAGCGCAAGGCCCCACUUCCUCCAUCAAAUGGCAACAACAGUAAGAGCACCGAACCCAAAGCCAGGCCUACCUCCGAGCCCAGUGGAAAAACCACUCAAAAUGGCAAAAGGACAAGAAAGUUUGGGGUCAUUACCAGAACUGUUUCGGGUGGUAAGGACAGUAAGAGUACCUCCAGAACAGAUCAGGAGAAUGGACAUUGCACCCUGGAUGGGUUGCAUUCAGAGGCAUCCAAAACAGAGAACCAAGCAGACGAUCAGCUUCUCACGGAAGACUUCCCUUUUCCAGGAGAUCAUUACCGCUCCCGUCUUUCAGAAGGAGGCAUUCUAGACCUAAACUCCAGUGAAGCAUCCUUACAGACAGGAGUAGAACACUUUGUUGGCCAACCUCUCAUGGGAGCACUCUAUCAGCAUGCCCUGGGGCCAAUCUGCCAGUUUGCUGGCCAAGCUCUGGAACUCUUGAAUGUAGGCUGUGACAGGUCCUUUUUCUUGCUUGAGGAUUUUGGGUCCUCUUUCUUGCUUGAGGAUUUUGGCCUGGUUCAUACUUUCUGGUCAGCAACAGAACAACACUCUGAUGCUUGCAAUGUGCUGAUUGUAUAUGGAAAAGAUGCUGAUGAAUGGUGUCAGUAUCUUCGGAGUGUCUUGCACUCAUUCCAAGAAAUUCACAGUUAUAAAGUGGAGAGUGGAGCUUCUAUUUCCAUGGAGGAACAGGCUUUCUUCAGGAACAGCAAGUGUAUAAUUAUUCUACUGUCAUCAGAAUUGGUACAGAGCUUCUGUAUUCCUGAUGUACUUCAGAGUUUGCAAAAUGUUCUACAACCUCCAUCAAAAGUGGUGAAAUUUUUCUGUGGUGUUUCAGCAUGUGAGAAUUACGAUGAGUUUUUCAAAGACUGGUCUCAAUGGAAAGAGCUUACCUAUGAUGAUGAACCAGAGACCUAUGUUGAUGCAGUCAUAAAAAUUAUUUCAGAAGCAGACUAUCAAUGA